AUGGACCCUGAAGAAAAUAAUGAUGGAGAUAAUUACAGUAACUCUCCUCCUCCAAUGGACGAUGACCCAAAUACUCACCCUCUUGGACCAACAACUGCUCCUGAAGGGGUAGAUGCUAUUCCAGGAGUAGGUAACAACGAUGACGAAGAAGAAGAUCCAGAUCCAGAUGAAGAAGAUAAUGAAGACAAUAACCAGGAAGAUGAACAGUAUUUUGAAGAUGGAACUGAUGUUCUUUUCCUUCCUGCCGAUCACCCUCUCAUGUCACGAAUUCAGAAAGCUCUGAUGAAGCAGCUUACUGACGAACAUGAACGAAGAGACCUCCAGCUCCGCGAAAAAGAAGAAGAACUCAGAAAAGUAAAGAAAGGAAGAGAAGAAGUCGGUGUACAACUCUAUGGGGUCCAACAUCAGCUGGCUAAAAUGCAGCUUACUUUUGAAAGAACACAUGAUAAUUAUAACAUUGUCCAAAAAUACAGAAUUGAGUCUGAAAAACAACUUGAAGUUUUCCAAAAGCAGUACGAGCAGAGAAAAGAAGAGGCGGAUGAGCAACUCAAAAAGGUCCUCAGAGCUCAAGACGAACUCAAUCAGCUCAACAGAACUUUGAAGCAAGUUGAGGAAUACAAUGAAGUUAUGAAAGGAGAAAUUGCUACUACCAGAAGAGCAGCUUACAAUGUGGAAGAAGGAGUUGUCAAUCUUGAAAGAGAAAAGAAAGAACAAGAUCUCCUCAUUGAUACAAUGAAUGAAGAAAUUAAAAGGCUUAAUGACAAUAAAGCUCUGUAUCAGGCUCAAUUGAUUUCUCAGAGGGAAGAGACUGCAGCUGCAAGAGACACCUUGGCUGAAGCUAGUAAAGAAAUUGAUAAAGUUAUUAUGGCUAAGAAGACUCUGCUUUCCGAUUGGAAAAACUCCAUCAAAGAUAUGAGAUACAAAGACUCAGCUUUGCAGUCUCUCAAGCAAUUGGUUAAAGAUAAGAAACAGGAAAUCAAGAGAAUAGAUAUUGAAAUCAAUGGAGCAAAGAAAGAAAUCAAAGUUGAAGAAAACAUUUCAGAGCGCUUGCAUCAAAGACAAGGAAAAUAUGGAGUUGAAAGAAAGUUUCUCGAAGACAAGCGUAAGCAAACCGAAGAUGACAUCAAGCGACUUGAAGAGCAAAAGAAAAUGCUUCAGAAGUCUUUGAAUUCUACGGAAGGUGAACUUCAGAGACUUGAUAUUGAGAAAUCUGAAGUGAUCCAUCAGAUGACUACGCUUGAAAAGUCGAUAAUGACUUUGCAUUCAAAGACAAAGAAACUCAGAGAUGAUAUUAUCCAGUUUGCUUCUCAACAAAAGACGAUUGAGAAGAGUUCAGCUAAUCUCAACAAGCAAACUGAAGGAAUGUACAUGGAUAUUAACAAGAAAGAAGUUGAAAUUGAAGAUAUUGCAAAUGAAAUUUCAAGAGUGAGAAUCGAUGUUCUCAAUACUAAAACACAGAAUGAAUUACUUGAAAAGAAAUUUAAAUCUUUGAAAGAAGAACUCGAACGAAAAGAGAAAGAAGUCUCUAAACAUGAAUCUGAGAUACAGGCUAAUCUUGGAAAGAUUACCAUGAGAAUGUAUGAUGUUGACAAACUGAACACUCAACUUGGAGAGCUUAGUAGAAGCGAUAAGCAAGCUAGUGCUGUACCUCUGGUUGCUAAAAAGAAAAAUAUUGAAAAGGAAAUAACUGAUACAGAAGAUGAAAUUGACAACAUCAAAAAGGAGUGGAUCAAUAACCAGACUAAGUUCGUAACAAACCAGCAUACUCUUUUGGAAAACCAGGGAACAAACGAUCAGUACAAAACCAAGAGAAUCAUCCUUGAACAAAAGAAAAUGAGGCUCAAUCAGAAUUAUUCUUCUCAAGAAAAACAAAUUCGUCAAUUAGAAAUUGCUCUGAAGAAUCUUGACUUCGAUAUGAACAAGCUCAACGAUACUUUCAGUGACAAUCUAGAUCGCCAGAAGAACCUCAAGAACGAAAAUUUCAACUUAGAAAAUGAGUUCGUUCAAAAGCUCAAAGAACUUGAAAACGAAAGUAUCAAGUUGGAAAACAACAUCCAAAACCUCAAAGAAGAGAAGGCUGACAUUCUUGCAGAGAUCGUUGAAGCUGAAAGACAAAUCUUACUUUGGGAAAGAAAGAUUCAACUCGAAAAAGAAAUGCAGGACACUCUUGAUCCAAAUAUUGGUCAGAGUGAAAUCGUAGCCAUGAAACAGGAAAUUCAUAGAAUGGAGCUCAGAUACGAACAACUCAAAAAGAAUCAAGAACAGAUGAUCAAAAACAUGGAGAGAGCUGUCUUUAAAAGAGAAACUAUUCAACUAAAAUAUCUUCCUAAGGUUGAGAAGAAGAAUGCACAAGAUAAGACUUCUCAAGGGAAACUCUCUAGACAAAUUGCCAAUCUAAAGCAAACUCUGAAACACACCACUGAGUCUUCGAUCCAGCUAGACGGAACUAUCGAACAGAAAGUUAAAGAGUUAGAAGAAGUUGGAGAUGAAAUCGAGAAAGCUUCAGGAGAAAUGCAGGGCAUUGAUGAAGAACAUCAGAACUUCCAAAUGGAUUUAUCAGCCAUGAAAAUGGAAAGACAAAAGAAUCUGUUUGAUAUCUACAAAGCUCAGACUGAAGGAAAGAGAUACCUUGAUAUAAUCAAUGGAAGAUUCAGACCUACAGUCGAAGAAGACAACCUAGAACAGGCAUUUGGCGACCACCAAGAUCAAAAUGGGAAAAUAUCAGAAAUUUUGGAGAGCGUUUUGAAAGACAACGGUGAACUUGAACCAGUUCUGGGCAGAUUGGUAGAAUGGGUGAGAGAAAAUUAA